AUGAGUCGAAGUUACAAUGACGAGUUACAGUUUUUGGAUAAAAUCCAUAAAAAUUGCUGGCGAAUCCGGAAAGGCUUUGUUCCAAAUAUGCAGGUUGAAGGGGUCUUCUACGUGAACGACCCGCUGGAGAAAUUAAUGUUCGAGGAGCUUCGAAAUGCCUGUCGAGGUGGAGGCAUUGGUGGAUUUCUACCUGCCAUGAAGCAAAUAGGAAAUGUUGCUGCUCUCCCUGGAAUAGUUCAUAAAUCAAUUGGUCUUCCUGAUGUCCACUCGGGAUAUGGUUUUGCCAUCGGAAACAUGGCUGCUUUUGACAUGAAUGACCCAACUGCAGUUGUCUCUCCAGGGGGUGUGGGUUUUGACAUAAACUGUGGUGUUCGGCUGCUGCGGACCAACCUGGAUGAGGGAGAUGUACAGCCGGUGAAGGAGCAGCUGGCCCAGGCUCUGUUUGACCACAUCCCCGUAGGGGUGGGCUCCAAAGGGGUCAUCCCUAUGGGCGCUAAGGACCUGGAGGAGGCUUUGGAAAUGGGCGUAGACUGGUCUCUGAGGGAGGGCUAUGCCUGGGCGGAGGACAAGGAGCACUGUGAGGAGUAUGGCAGGAUGCUGCAGGCCGACCCUAACAAGGUCUCCUCUAAGGCCAAGAAGAGAGGCCUGCCCCAGCUGGGUACACUAGGUGCUGGGAACCACUAUGCUGAGAUCCAGGUGGUGGAUGAGAUCUACAACGACUACGCUGCCAAGAAGAUGGGCAUCGACCACAAGGGGCAGGUGUGUGUGAUGAUCCACAGUGGGAGCCGAGGCCUGGGGCACCAGGUGGCCACAGACGCUUUGGUUGCCAUGGAGAAGGCUAUGAAGAGGGACAAGAUCACGGUGAAUGACCGGCAGCUGGCCUGCGCUCGCAUCAGUUCCCAGGAGGGGCAGGAUUACCUGAAGGGCAUGGCAGCCGCUGGCAACUAUGCCUGGGUCAACCGCUCCUCCAUGACCUUCCUGACCAGGCAGGCAUUCUCCAAAGUGUUCACCACCACUCCAGAUGACCUGGACAUGCACGUGAUCUACGACGUGUCCCACAACAUCGCCAAGGUGGAGGAGCACAUGGUGGACGGUAAGCAGAAGACCCUGCUGGUGCACCGCAAGGGCUCCACCCGCGCAUUCCCCCCGCACCACCCGCUCAUCGCCGUCGACUACCAGCUGACCGGGCAGCCUGUCCUGAUCGGGGGCACGAUGGGCACCUGUAGCUAUGUCCUGACGGGAACGGAGCAGGGCAUGACCGAGACUUUCGGCACAACCUGCCAUGGAGCGGGCCGUGCUCUGUCUCGUGCCAAAUCCCGCAGGAACCUGGACUUCCAGGAUGUGCUGGACAAGCUGGCGGACAUGGGUAUCGCCAUCAGAGUUGCCUCCCCAAAACUUGUCAUGGAAGAGGCACCCGAGUCAUACAAAAAUGUGACAGACGUUGUCAACACAUGCCACGAUGCCGGGAUCAGUAAGAAAGCCAUCAAGCUGAGGCCCAUUGCAGUGAUCAAGGGCUAAGACCCUCAGGCACAGCUAAGGACAGCCUGGGGGCCUGACUCUGGGAAGUCCAUGUGCAGAUCGAGAAAGAGAAAGAAAGAGACUCCUGACCUCACCAAGAGACUGCAGAAGAGUCUGC